AUGUCAAAUCAAACAAUCACAUUCCCUCAAUUCCCCAAUCAUUCAAUCUACAUAUCCUUAUUCAAAGGACUUUCAUCCAAUUCAAUCAAACAAAUUAAACAAGAAUUAGUAUCGGGAAACAAAGCAUAUGAUUAUUGUUUUCUUAAUACUAAACAUAUCGUAUCUUUAGAACAUUUAUAUAGUAGUAUUCAUAGAUCAAUACUAAAUUAUACAAAUAAUAAUAUGGCGGCAAAGACUUUAAAUACAGAAAUUAUAUUUAAUUUGUCUCCGAUUAAUAAUAUAGUUGAUGCAUUGAAGAAUUUUGGGAUUAGGGAAGAUUGUCCUAAUGUGAUUAUAAUUAAAGUAUUGCCAACUGAAGAAUGUACAGAGGAUAAGAUACUGGAGAUUACUGAGAAUUUGAGUGCAUUGCUUGGAGAGGGUGUUGAGAAGGCUAGUUUGGAUGAUGAGUUGAUGUUUAAUGAAUUAGUAGAUAUCAAGAAACUAAAGAAAUUGUAUAAAUUAAAUGAUGCAAAGAUUGAUGGAGAAGGUAAAGAAUUACAACAAAGGUUAACACGAUUAGCAAUUGGUGCUUGCCUCUUAAGAGGAUAUUAA